CGCCGCGGGGCAGCACCGCCAUGGCCAACACGGCGCACCUGGUGCGGCGCCAGUCGUCGCGCGACCUCAACCCGCAGCGCUCGCUGGACCGCCUCGAGAUGAAGGAGAUGCGGGGCCGCCUCGUCGUGGAGAACGGCGCCUCCAGCAGCCGCGCGUACGGCGCCACCAACGCCGCCUUCGACGACUCCAGCCCCGGCAGCAAGAUCGGCAAGGUGACGUCGGCCAGCAAGCUGGCGGGCUCGGCGGAGGGCAAGGCCAUGUUCAAGCCGGAGGGCGGCGAGGAGGAGCGCGAGUCGUGGGACAGCAAGCUCACCUUCCUGCUGGCCACCAUCGGCUACGCCGUCGGCCUCGGCAACGUCUGGCGCUUCCCCUACCUGGCGCAGAAGAACGGCGGCGGGGCCUUCCUCAUCCCCUACUUCAUCAUGCUGUGCAUCGAGGGCAUCCCCAUCUUCUACCUGGAGCUGGCCAUCGGGCAGCGCCUCCGCAAGGGCGCCAUCGGCGUGUGGAACCAGGUGUCUCCGCGCCUGGGCGGCAUCGGCAUCGCCUCGGCCGUCGUGUCCUUCAACGUGGCGUUGUACUACAACACCAUCAUCGCCUGGUGCCUCUUCUACUUCGCCCAGAGUUUCCAAUCCCAACUGCCGUGGGCAGAGUGCCCUCAAAAGUACUUCCCGAAUGGAUCCUACGUUCUGGAGCCGGAAUGCGUGACGUCCACCCCCACGCAGUACUUCUGGUACCGCACGACGCUCAUGGUGUCGGAGGACAUCAACAGCCCCAACGCCUUCAACUGGAAGAUCGGCAUCGCACUGGUCAUCGCCUGGAUCCUGGUCUACAUGUGCAUGAUCAAGGGCAUCGCCUCGUCCGGGAAGGUGGUGUACGUGACGGCGACCUUCCCCUACCUGGUGCUUAUUAUCUUCUUCUUCCGGGGCAUCACGCUCAAGGGCUGCACGGACGGGCUGCGACACUUGUUCACCCCCAAGUGGCACACGCUCUCGGACCCGGUGGUGUGGCUGGAGGCGGGCACUCAGAUCUUCUUCUCGCUGGGGCUGGCCUUCGGCGGCCUCAUCGCCUUCUCCUCCUACAACCCCGUCAACAACAACUGCUCGCGCGACGCCAUCAUGGUGUCGCUCACCAACUGCCUUACGUCCAUGUUCGCCGGCAUCGUCGUCUUCUCCGUCAUCGGCUUCAAGGCCACCAUGAGCUACGAGAAGUGCCUGGAGCUGCGCAACGCGACGGUGGCGGCGUGGAACGCGGCCUCCAGCGCGGCCUCCAGCGCGUCCUCCAGCUUCACCACCGCCAUGAGCGCCGUGCUGCCGGACAUGCCGGAGUGCGACCUGCAGAAGGAGCUGGACAACUCGGCCGCGGGCACGGGCCUGGCCUUCAUCAUCUUCACCGAGGCCAUCAACCAGUUCCCCGGGGCGCAGUUCUGGUCCGUGCUCUUCUUCCUGAUGCUCUUCACGCUCGGCAUCGACUCGCAGUUCGGCACACUGGAAGGCGUCGUCACGUCCAUCGUGGACAUGAAGCUGUUCCCGAACCUGCGCAAGGAGGUUCUGACCGGCGUGCUGUGCCUCACCUGCUGCAUCAUCUCCAUGGCGUUCGCGCACGGCGCGGGCAGCUACGUGUUCGUGCUCUUCGACAACUUCAGCGGCAACUUCCCGCUGCUCAUCAUCGCCUUCUUCGAGUGCAUCGCCGUGUCCUACGUGUACGGCCUCAAGAGGUUCGCCGACGACAUCGAGCUGAUGACGGGCUCGCGGCCGCACCUGUACUGGCUCAUCUGCUGGAAGUACCUGUCGCCGCUGGCCAUGCUGUGCAUCCUGGUGGCGUCCAUCGUGCAGAUCGUGGUGGACGGCUCCGGCUACGCGGCCUGGGUGGCCGAGAAGGGCGUGACGGAGCGCCACGAGUGGCCAGUGUGGGCGCUGGUGCUCAUCGCCAUCCUGAUCCUCGUGUCCGUGCUCUGGAUCCCCGUGGUGUGCGUCGCCAGGAUGUUCGACCUGCACAUCAUCGAGGACAGCGAGAAGGCCUGGUUCCCGGCCGCCGACCUGCGCGAGUUCCACGGCAUCCUGCCGCACGAGGUGACCACCGCCGAGACGCUGCUGUUCUGCAUCCGCGAGGACGGCAGCGAGGGCCUGUGCUGCCCCACUGGCGGCGCCGCGUCCAGCGACGAGGAGGACGACGACGCCUAAGCGCGCUUCCCGCGUGACCGCCCUGCCCUGUCCCCGCCGCCCUGCACCGUCGAACCGAGUGUGGAGAACUCCUCGCUCCCUGGUGCGGAGUACUGCUCCUCUUUUGGACGUGAAGAGUACGGGUCACAGUUGAGUGGUCAUCUGACAGAACAACGUAUCUUCAUAGGGAAUCCCACGGUAAAUGCGCUGUCAUGUACGAAUGCCAGACAGUUGAAGUGUGGAGACUGCAAACUCUGCACUUCCAGGUGCGGAGACCUCCGCAUUCCGAGUUCUCCACACUCGGUUUCACGGUGUAGACGUGUGGCGUUGCAAUGGCGGUAACAUCUGAAUCGCCGUUCAAUUAGGGGUAGAACCCGAACACGGCCGAAACCAAAUUACCACCAGUACAGGGUGCGAACAGUACCGUCUUUCGAUUCGGAGUGACAAGAAGACCCGGGAAGAUCAAGAAAGUCGUUUGCACGCAGCUCUGCCCCCGCUUCCUCUUGGAAACUCGAGACAAUGCCGGAAACUUGGCAGCGCAGCGUGCGGGAGAAGGGCCUUCCCGGCAGUGAGGCGGCGACGUCUUUGUUUUGGUGCACUGCGAAAACGAGUUUGGAGACUGGGGGCGACUGGCGACCCUUGCGGGCGAGGGUUGCAACGUGAUUGAACACAUCCUAACCUACGGUAGAGAUACGCACACCAUCCGGUCCACCCGUGCC